AAGUUGCGGGCACACUGGUCAAAACAAAAAAUAAAAAUAAAAUUAAUGGACCUGCAAUUCGACAGCGAGACGUAUUGGAACCGAUCCUCUCGAGCUGCGUUCAGCUUCGACGAUGAGGACGAGGUGGACCUCGCGCCGGACUUGGCCAGCAAUGGCAUCCUCGCCGACGACACGAUUUCGGAGGCCAGCUUUAAUAACAGUGCCACCCUGAAUCUCUCGAUCAAAUCCAUUUUGAGCGAGGAUGCCCUGAAACUGGUGCUCCAAGAGCAGGCACUGGACGACCGGGUGCUGCCCAAGGGUGUUUCGCCGGAGGAGGAGCUCAAGCUGUUGCGUCGCCAACUCCAGAGCACUCUGUACAGUCCGAAUCUGGAGGCCACGGCCCAGAAGUUGUUGCAGGGCAAAACGGCUCCUUUGGAGAUGUUCAAGUCGCUGCAGGAGAAGCAGCAGUUGCUGGACACCCUGCUGGCCCAAGGUGGUGGUCAUGCCGUCAUCACGGUGCUCCUCUUCCUCAAGCGAACCCUAAAUGCGUUGCAGUUUCAUGCGAUUCUGAGGGAGCGUCCCCGGGCCUUGGAGCAGUAUCUGAGUUAUCUGAAGGAGAGCGGCGAUCUGGCCAGUCACAUAGAGCUGCUGCAGCGGUUCGGCCGCCACCAGGAGGCGGCUCUCAAGCAGUUCCAGGCUGCCCUGGCGUCUGGUGAUCUGGGCACCAGGAAAAAACAUCUUCAACUGCUAGCCGAUGCCUAUGCCACUGCGGGCGUGGGUAUCAUACCGCUCUACGAGCAGGUAUUCCACGCCGCCUUGAAGAUGCAGCAGCUAAUGGAGAAGGAGACGGGCCUGGGCAAGCUGCUCCGGGCUCAGCCCACGCCCGUUGAGGUACUCUAUGCCUGCUGCCAGGCCAACAGCAACUGGAAGGAGCAGGAUAUGCUCAAGCCCAUAUCGCCUCAGCGAUUUGCCGCCGAUCAGCAGAUAUCCGCCGCUCAGUACGAGUGGACGGCCCUCAACGAACGGGCACAGGCCCAGGCGUAUGCGGACCUGGAGUGCAUAUUCGAGCGGGUGCCCAGUUGGCAUCCCCUGAAGACCAAGCAGUUCCACAUCAGCUUCGACCUGACGCUAGCCGUCCUCCGUCUCUACGAGUUGCAGGCUCCGUCCACCGUUCUGCAGCUCUUCCUCUCCAAGAUGGGCAAUAGUGGCGAGAAACUGGCGCUGGCCCGGCGGGUGAAGUGCAUCCGGGCGGUGAUCGAUGCCAUGGCCGGGCUGAAGCAGCAGCAGGAACUGCAGCAGCUUAAGGACACCCUGCCCGAGCGAUCCGAGGAGCAGUUCUACUGCGAGAACGCCCUGAAAUCCUUGCAGAGCAAGCGCUGGACCACCGACAACAUCAAGCUUAAGCUGUAGAACCAUCAUCAUCUCUCUGCUAUUUGUAUAAACGUAUUUUAUUGUUAAUCAUAUAUAUGUGUAUAUAACUAAUAUUAAUUCUACUCUGGUUUUAUUAAAUUAUUGCAAAUCACAAGCUGAAUAUCGAAUAAAAACAAAAAAAUCUGUA